ACAAAAAUAUUUUUAAUUUAAUUUUUUAUUUACAACAAAAACAAAAUUUAAUUUACUCAUUUAUUUUGAUUUACACGGUAAUAAAAAAAUAAAUAAAAAUUGCGCCUUUAAAAAAAUGAUUUCCUGCAGCAGUGUCUCGCGACCACCAACACGUCCACAUCCUGUUGCCGUCCACUCGAGCGACCCCGCGUCCCAAAACGCGCGCACCCCGAGCUCCGGGCGGGACUUCCUCUCUGCUGCGGAUGCGAUAUUAGGGUGAGCAGGCAGAAAGGGCUUGGUCGGGGUGUCACUGGUGUAUCCGUGCGGCUCCGGACAGCAGAGAACCGGGCUGACGACGCCGCCGCUGCUUGGUGCCACUGAAGCCCCGUAGAUGAGCCUCCUCCCCGGCUAUGCUGCCCUGAGAGCGCCGCGAGUACCCGCCCUGCCAACAUGUCUGAUGUCAACAAGACUAUUCAGAAAUGGCACGCCAGUUUUAGGAAAGGCACAGACUUUGACUCGUGGGGACAAUUAGUGGAGGCUAUAGAUGAGUACCAAAUUUUGGCGAGGCAGCUGCAGAAAGAGGUCCAGUCUACAAACUCAUCAGACUUCACAGAGGAGCAGAAGAAAACUUUAGGAAAGAUUGCAACAUGCCUGGAGAUGAGGAGCGCCAGUCUGCAGUGCACACAGUCAAAGGAGGACUUCAAGUUAGAAGAGCUGAAGAAACUGGAAACCAUAAUUCAAAAUAUUCUGACCUACAACAAAAAAUUCCCCUUUGAUGUGCAGCCAGUGCCCCUAAGGAAAAUCUUCGCUCCAGGUGAAGAGGAGAACCUGGAGCUGGAGGAGGAGGAGGACGCUGCAGCAGGAACAGGAUCCAUAGAGGCUUUCCCCCCUAGAGCCCCCGCAGCUUCACAAGGUACCUUGUUGCCACGGUUACCCUCAGAGCCUGGGAUGACACUACUCACACUAAAGAUCGAAAAAAUCGGGUUGAAGGAUGCUGGGCAGUGCAUCGAUCCGUACAUGACCAUCAGUGUCAAAGAUUUGAACGGCAUAGAUGUGAACCCAGUGCAGGACACACCUGUGGCCUCCAGGAAGGAAGACACCUACAUUCACUUCAGCGUGGACGUGGAGAUCCAGAGACAUGUGGAGAGAUUACCAAAAGGAGCAGCUAUCUUCUUCGAAUUCAAGCACUACAAACCCAAAAAGAGGUUUACCAGCACUAAAUGUUUUGCCUUCAUGGAAAUGGACGAGAUCAAACCCGGCCCCAUCGUCAUCGAACUGUACAAGAAGCCCACAGACUUCAAGAGGAAGAAACUGCAGCUUCUAACAAAGAAACAACUCUAUCUCCAUCUCCAUCAGACGUUACACAAGGACAGCUAAGUCGCAGCGCGCCUCGAACUUUGACCCGCCCUCUUUUUAAUCUCUCCCAGCACCCACAUCCAGCAGAGUGUGGUGCUCCACCUCAUCACAUCCAGCAAUACUAAACCAAGGUCGUUUUUUCUCCCAAUGAGUAUAUGAAGAAAGUAAAGAGUUUUGUAUUCUUUGAUUCUGUUGCCAAGUGCGUAUCCCUCCUCCAAAAACACUCUAAAUACGUUUGCCUAUGACCAGGUGGAGACACACGGCGUUCAUAUCACAGCAGGGUUAUGUUGAAACAGUCAACCCACCUCAUCUCCAGUCUUCCUCAGCUCACUGAUUUUUGGUAAAUGGGACACAACGUGAGUUACUGCAGGUGCUUCAUUUGAGUUUCAUGUGGAGUUUGCAAAGUCAUUCCCUGAAUAAAUAACACAAAAUGCAAACAGUAUCAGUGUUUGCAGAUAUUAAAAGUUAGUCCACAAUGGUUUGUGUGUGCCACGAUUACAGACUUUCAUCGUGUUUAAUUAUUAUUAAUUGAUUCGAUGAAUUUAUUAAAUGCAUAAAAAUAAUUAAAUUCCCCAAAUUAAUAAUUUAGUUUUAUUUAUUCUUGCUAAAAGAGAUACUUUACCGAUUGUGUUAAUGCAGUGGUUCCCAGAAGUGCCGUUCCCUGCUGUAGAGUAAGUGACUAACGGACAGCUACAUGACAGAGACAGCAAACUAGCUCAACCACAUGGUCAAACACAAGUAUGAUGCUGAAUAAAUCAAACUGUGAGGACCUUGAACUAAUGACUGAAGAUAAAUCUGGACCCUGUGUCUGGACCAGUUGGGAACCACUGUGUUAAUAAAGUGUGGUAAACUUGCCUCCAUCUUACCAGCAGCCACAUCUCGGCGCUACAAGCCAAAAACAUGGUGGAACUAAGCCGCGCUGAUGAAAUAUAAACCAAGAUUCUGUUACUGUGUUGCCUAUUUCUUGCCGAAAAUGUUUUCAUUAACAUGUAUUAGCUUACAGUUGAAAUGUAAUUUGAGAUCGUUUGUUACCAGACCUGCCGCCAUUUUGUUUCCUGUGUCAAUUUACCAAACGGCAAGGAAACUAUAAAAGACAGAAAAGGCAUGACGUCAGUGACAGCGUUCGAAUUUUGCAUGUGUGCUAGACUUUGGUGCCACUGCUAUUUAAGUCAGUGGGAGGGCAAAUCACACUCUAACCCAUUAUAUCUUUGUUGUUUCGCCUUUGACCGAAAAAUCCUUCCACCAGAUUCAAACAAACUUUGUCAACUGUGUUUUAUCUAAAUGUGCAUGUUCGUUUUCCUUGUUACUGGUUUCCAAAUAGAUCACGGCUCUGUCCGUCAGCUGCCCCUGUUGGGUCCAAGAUCGCUAACCUACCUGCUGCUAGCAGGAAGUAUUGUAGGCUACAUGUAUUUGAUAUCAUUACUGACCAACCUUCAAACAGUUAAGGAUAUUUAAUAAUCAGGAGGGCUAACGUUAGGAUGCUCUAUAAUGUUUCUAAAUAUAAUCAGGAGGUGGCGCUAAAUCUGGACCUCCAUUACUUACCGGUACUUGUUGCUUUGUUCGUCAGUGAACUAAGUUAGCAGUUGGACUUUGUUUAGCUACGAUAGUCAGUGGACGCCCUAUGUUAAUUUGGGGAUAAAAUCAUUAAUGUUAAGCGAUAACUCUGGUGAAGGUGUAACAGAAACAAACAGAGCUGCGGUGUCAGAGAGUGAUAGCAAAUGUUCUAUUGAAUUGAACUGACCCGUCCCGGUUGGCUGCGUUUCAUGAUGUAGCUCAGAGCAAACAUGGGCUUAAGUUGAAUAUGCAGCUGACGGACAGAGCCAUGAUCUGUUUGGAGACCAGUAACAAGAAAAACAAAUGUGCACAUUUAGAUAAAUAUCGUAUAAUGUGUGUUUCUUAAAUAUGGUGGAAGGAUUUUUCAGUCAAAGUUGAAACACUAAAGAUAUGAUGGGUUAUAGUGUGACUGCCAUGUCUUCUCCUUUUAACUCCAAUAGAACUGACAACAAAGUCUGGCUCCAAUGUGAAACUGACGUCAUGUCCUCUCCUUCUUUUAGAGUUUCCUUGCCAAACGGCCCAGCUGCAUUGUGUCACCCACUAGUGGGACUGGUGCAGUGCAUUCUGGUAGUUGUAGGUUUUCUACCUCUUGAGCAAAAGCAAAUGUCACAGCCCUUUUCUUUUUUCUCUGGCACCAAUCUCAAAAGUAUUUUCGUCUUUUUACCACAUAGACAGCCUAGUUUUAUGAAAAGACUCUCCCAGUAGUGACGUGUCUGAGAAAAUCUGGAUCACAAAAAUAAUUUUUAAAGAGUAUUAGAUAAAUUAAUUUACAAUCAUCUCAGAAUUUAUGUGCUUUAACAUUCACAGUUUCCACUUUAACAAUUAGUCAUUUGAGUUGUUAAAAGUAUAACGCGUUUGAUUAGUGCGGCCUUAAUUUAAAGCAGCAGAUACUCUGAUUGGGCAGCUGUCGUGUGUGCAUGUCCAAUCAGAGCUCUUCCUGCUGUUCAAUAUGUUCUUCAAGUUUCAGCUGGCACGCCGUUGUCUCUACAUUAAAGCUAUCAUAAGAUGAAAACAGCACAUUUAUAAUUAUAUAUAAUAGUAAUCCUAAACACUUAAAAAGUCACAGACAGUAUUGAAUCCAGCAGUGGCAUCUGUCAUGUUAAACUGGUGCAGGUAUAGGUGAAACAUACAGUAGGUGUCAUUUUAUGAUGCACUGACCAUUUUUAAACGUGGUGUCGGCUUUGUCAGGACAUAUCUCAAAUAUAAUUUCUGUACUAAAUAUUUGUUUCAGCACAGAAUUAAUAAGAGUAGCAGUUAAAUGUCUCCAUCUCAGUUCAGUGUUCCUGCUUCAGUAUGUAUUGGAUUUACUAUAUUUAAAUACAGUUUCAUACGGUUUUAUAAAUGCAUUAAGAUUAAAUUGGAUGCAGCAUGGUUUGCAUGAUUCUGUAUUCAGUGUUGCGGUCCAGAUGUUUUUUUCUAAGCGAGCAGAAACGUUCAGGUUGGACGAUCGUCACCUGCCCCGGGAGCGUUUCUUUUUAAACCAAGUGUUAAUCUGCAGAUCAGAUGUUAUGUAUACAGAUAUAUUUGAUCUAUAGAGGAUGCAUCUUUACCGGCAAAGGACAGGAAUCGUCUUCUCCUUGAGCCCACUACUACCUUCUGAGAUCUCACACCACCCUGUCAUUAAGGGCUUUUUUUAUUUUAAUUAAAGUUGCAUGUAAGUUUUUAUGUUUCCUGUCUGACUCUGCAGAUGUUUGUGUUCACUAAAAACAUCUACAUGUUUGAUUUCAGAUUUUAUUUUUGUAACGUCACAAUAUUCAGGACUGUAAAUUAACUGUAAGAUACACUAACUGCUGAGUAUACAGUAACUGUGUGUGUGUAUGAUGAAGCGCGACAAGACGGGGUGAAGCGAGGCCUGUGGAGCGCUUUGAGUUUUGUCUGACAGACUGACGGGGAUUGUAUCGAACAUUUACAAUGCUUUUAAUUUCUAAUAAACUACAAAUGAAGCA